AUGGCCGGCAUGUCUAAUGAUCCGCGCGUUCCCUUCCAGGCGCCACGGCUCCCGCACAGCGCUGCCCCUCCGACCGACUGUGAGCAACAUGGCUCAGGUACCGCCGAGUCGAGUGCAAUCCCACACCCACUGACACCUGCAACGCCUGCAACGACCACCAGACAGUCGGUACCAUUGGGCGUCUUCUCGACCCUCUUGGGGAACAACACCACGUCCACCCUUAGUGCCCAGCCUAUACUGUCCGACGAGCCCGUCCUCGCCCACACGCAACCACUAGAUGCUCCCGAGGGCCUGUCUGACUUGACGGCGAGCUCAGGCUCGGUGCCCAGUGCGACUACCACCUUGACCAACACACUGCCGCCGACCCAGUCUGCUGCACUGCGCGCCCUGAACGCCCCCGCCUUCCAUUCCUCGCCCUCCAAGAGCAAGUCUGCAAAGUCUACAUCCAGCCGGACCACCGUCACCAGCCAGCCAGUGGUAGUACGCACAUAUUCAGGCUCGCGGCACGCAUCACGCUCUGGCUCCGGCUUCAACACGCCACGCUCCUUCGCCAUGAAUGGGCAGACACAUGCGUCGGCCCUGUCAGCUGGUCUGGCUGGCAGGAGCGAGCAGCUACCCUCCGCUGACGACUUCUCUUUUUCGGCCAUCCUUCGCGCGGUCGACCCUGAGAUCAGAGACGCCAUCGAUGCCAUUGCCGAGAUCUGCGCCCGAAGCAGAAUGAGUCUAGCCGACGAGUACGACUCUCACCUACCCCCGCAAGGCGAAAUAACAAGCGGGGGGUCGGGGUGGGCUGCAAGUACAGGAGCAUUGGCCAGCCGAGGUCGUUUGAAUAGGAUCAGUCAAGGAUGGACUGCCGCAGACAACACACUCAUGGCAGUGCCUGAAGCGAGCAGCUCCAGCGAGCGGCUGGCGCAAGAGGGUAGGGCCGAGAGCAGUAAGAAGCGUAGUCAAUCAGCAUACGGGAGCUUGAAGAGCGUCAUCAGUGGUGGGAGUGGUAAGAGGAAAGCCAUAGAUGGCGAUACUUUCCGAGACCAAGAGGCUGGCAGCUCGAAACAGGUCGAAGUCCAGAACUCGGCGCCCGCCUGGGCAGUCCACGCAUCCACCUCGUCUUCACACCCGGCAAUCACCAUUGCCGCGCCUACAGCUUCGAAACAACUAUCACUCGAUACUUCGUCGGCAAUGCAGGAUGUUGGCAAGGACGCCAAUGGAUCAUCCAACGGACGGCCUCAGACUGCAACACCACGCAGAACCCCCUCACACCAACGCGGAGCGUCUAUGCGCAGUCUUCCGGCAUCACGAGCACGUUCUGGUACCCUUGACUCUAUAAAGGCGUGGCUACCAUGGCCCCGGCCGUCAGAUCUCGACCAGAACAGUCGGCAGGAGCUGACAAAAGCCGAGGACCGUCUCAGAAGCAUGCUGAUAUCAUCGUCCCAAACCCUCGGGAAAGGUAAAGCAACAGUGCGCGUCAUUUAG